AAUCAACGUGUAUGCUUUAAGGAUCUCGAGGCUCAUGCUUGUUAAUUAAUUUAUGUUAAAGUAUGAAACUUUAGCAUUUUUGACACCCUAUAAAUGGAGGAGGGGCUUACAUACGCUUUUCUUAUAUGUAACCCCAUAAUUCCCCAAGAAAAAUACAGAGUACAAACCAGCUCACAAACACCUCACUUCCAAUCUUCAAUGACUCCUUUUCUUGUACUAGUGCUCCUUUUUGUCUCUCUACCAUGGCAUUGGCAUCUCAUCUCUGCUAACACCCCUUUGCCAAAUCAGAUUCCCAAGCAUUAUGUGGUUUAUAUGGGAGCAGCUUCAUCAUCAUCAGUAAAUGGAGAUGGAGAAGAAGAUGCUCAGCAAGUUGCAGAAUUGGCUUAUUCACAAAUGCUCUCCUCCAUCAUUCCCAGCAAAGAGAGUGAGAGAAUAUCAGUGAUCCACAAUUACAACCAUGCUUUUAGAGGAUUCUCUGCCAUGCUUACAGACUAUGAAGCUUCUGUCUUAUCUGGUCAUAGUGAAGUGGUAUCAAUAUUUGCUGAUAAGAUGCUUCAACUUCACACAACACGUUCAUGGGACUUUGUGGAAGGAAGAGCAGGCAGACUGGCCAACCAGAAGUUUCUUGACAAUCUCUCAAGUGAUGUUAUUAUUGGGGUUGUAGAUACUGGUAUAUGGCCAGAGUCUCCAAGUUUCAAUGAUGAAGGACUUGGGGAAGUCCCUUCAAGAUGGAAGGGAGUUUGUAUGGCAGCGAAGGACUUCAAGAAAUCCAACUGCAACAGGAAGUUGAUAGGUGCUAGAUACUACGAAACCCCACUAACACCAAAGGCUAAUCAGAGCCGUCUAUCUAAAUCCAGUGGGUCCCCAAGGGAUUCUGUGGGGCAUGGGACCCACGUUGCAUCCACUGCAGGGGGUGCAAGAGUUGCCAAUGCAAGUUACUUUGGCUUAGCAAGAGGCACAGCAAGGGGUGGGCUGCCUUCCACCAGGAUUGCAAGCUACAAGGCAUGUGCAUCUGAAGGUUGCUCUGGUGCCACCAUAUUGAAGGCCAUUGAUGAUGCUGUUAAAGAUGGAGUUGAUAUAAUCUCUAUUUCCAUUGGGCUGACUUCCUUAGAUGAAUCUGAUUACUUAGAUGACCCAAUUGCCAUUGGAGCAUUCCAUGCUGAGGAAAAGGGGGUCCUGGUAGUUUGCUCUGCAGGGAAUGAUGGUCCUGAUCCUCAUACUGUUGGCAACACAGCGCCAUGGAUAUUCACUGUUGCUGCUUCUAGUAUUGACAGACAUUUCCAAUCUUCCGUGCUUCUUGGAAAUGGGAAGACUUACAAAGGAUUUGCCAUUAAUUUCUCGGAACUCUCUCGCAAAAAGACAUAUCCACUUGUGUUUGCUCAGGAUGUGGCUGCUAAUUUUACUCCUGGGUCUGAAGCAAGGAACUGCUAUCCGGGAUCUUUGGAUCCAAAAAAAGUAGCAGGCAAAAUUGUUGUGUGUGCUGGUGAUGACCCUACUGUUUCAAGGCGGGUCAAGAAAUUAGUUGUAGAAGAUGCUAAGGCCAAGGGGGUGAUUGUGAUUAGUGAAGUCCUAAAUGGAGUGCCUUUUGAUUCAGGCGUUUUUGCAUUUACACAAGUUAACAAUGAUGCAGGGUCUCAGAUUCUUGAGUACAUUAAUUCUACCAAGAAACCAACAGCAACAAUCCUUCCAACGGUUGAAGUUCCGAGAUAUAGACCUGCACCAGUUGUUGCAUAUUUUUCAUCAAGGGGUCCUUCACGGCUUACAGAAAAUAUUCUGAAGCCGGACAUAAUGGCUCCUGGGGUGUCCAUUUUGGCUGCCAUGAUUCCCAAAAACGAACCAGGGAGUGUUCCAUUUGGGAAGAAGCCGUCUCAGUUUGCCUUAAAAUCUGGAACAUCAAUGGCUUGCCCACAUGUGUCAGGGGCAGCUGCAUUCAUCAAGGCACUUCGCCCAAGAUGGACUUCUUCUAUAAUCCGAUCGGCACUUAUGACAACAGCAAGCACAUUUAACAACUUGGGCAAGCCAUUUACAAAUAGCUCAGACUACAUUGCAAAUCCACAUGAAGUUGGUGUUGGAGAAAUAAACCCAUUCAAAGCUCUUAAUCCAGGACUAGUCUUUGAAACCUCAACCACAAAUUAUCUUCAAUUCCUUUGUUUCAAUGGCUACACAGAGAAGACCAUAAAAGCUCUGUCAAGCAUAAAGUUUAACUGUCCCAAGUCCUCUGUUGAAGAAUUCAUCUCCAACAUCAAUUACCCAUCAAUCUCCAUUAGCCAACUCAACCGCCAUGAACAUGCUAGAGUUAUCAAAAGAACUGUGACUAAUGUUGGAGCUGCCAACUCCACCUACAUUGCCAAUGUACAGUCUCCUCCAGGCUUAGUUGUGAAAGUUUUUCCUGAAAAAAUCAUAUUUACCAAAGGUUUGAAGAAGGCUUCUUUCCAAGUCUCAUUUGAUGGCAAGAAGGCCCAAAAGGGAUACAAUUUUGGAUCAGUUACUUGGUCUGGUGAACGGUACUCUGUCCGUGUUGUUUUUGGCGUGAACGUUGAGUAGUAGAGGAGUUGCAUCAAUUUAUUUUUGAUGCAUCUUUUAUAGAAAAAAUUGUUUCUGUUUGUUUUGUGAGAAAAAUCAGUUACCAGUUGGGUAGUUGGUAAUUGAAUUUGUUGCUCUUCAAAAGCAAAUUUAGAGGCUUGUGGUGAAUUACAGUGUCUAUAAAAGCUUGUAAUAAAAAAAGAAGAGAAUAUUUAAUGAAAAGGAAGUGUAUUCUACUC